UUUUUUAUGAAAUUUACACUAUUACAGACUAGAAUGGAAUCCUGUGUUUUAGUUUCUGAUCGAAACAGAAUCUACAAGUUACUGAUGAUAAACGAGUAUUAAAUCAGAUAAUGAUUGAUAUUCUCAACCUGAGGAAUGGUAUGGAAGAUAACCUACUCCUAAUCCAACAAAUCAACCUGAUGAUACAGAAGGAAGGAGAGGAGCUUAAAGGGUUUAAUGAUGUGAUCCAUGCUGCCCAGCAACAUAUUGAAUCCAUCAACUCAGUUUACACACUUGGACUUUCUUGGUUAACAGGCCACACUGAUUCUUUUAUUUUUGGAAACAGGAGCAAAGAAGAAAUGAAAAUCGAAGGUCAUGGAGGUGCUACUAAUAGAUUGGAAGAAAUUGAACAAGCUGCUAAUAGAUUGGAAGAUAAACAAGAUUUUAAAAAGAGAUUGGAGAAUUUCAAAGAUGUUACUGACAUAUUGAAUGAUUGUGACGAUGUUACUAAUAGAUUAGAAAAUUGCGGAGAUGUUACUGACAGUUUGAAUGAUUGCGACGAUGUUACUGACAGAUUGAAUGAUUGCGACGAUGUUACUGACAGAUUAAAUGAUUGCGACGAUGUUACUGACAGAUUGAAUGAUUGCGACGAUGUUACGGACAGAUUGAAUGAUUACGAAGAUGUUCCUAGUAGUUUGGAUUAUUUUGAUAUUAUAAAAAUAGAAAUUGAAGAGAUUACGUUCCCUGUGGAUCCGAUAAUUAAAGAAGACACUGAGGAGGAGAAGGGGUUAUAGUGGAUGUAAAAUCAGGAAAAACAACCCGAGAUGGAA